UUGAGUCGCAUUGUAGCUGCAGUGGCCAAACAUUCGGUGUAGAUUUGUGCACCUCAUGGCAGAAAAGUGUGGGAUUGUUUGGGACAGCAAUGGCAACUAUGACUGCACAUAAUAGUUACUGAAAUAGUUCAAAUAAUUUCAUACUGUUUGGUGUUUGUUUGGCCACUUGAAAAUGGACAUGUACGAAAAUCUUGGUGUGGUGGGCGAAGGAAGUUACGGUACUGUAAUGAAGUGUAGGCACAAAGAGUCAGGGCAUAUUGUAGCUAUUAAAAGGUUUAUUGAUAAAGAAGAGGGCAAUUCGAUGAAGAAAAUUGUCAUGCGAGAAAUCAAAUUAUUGAGGCAAUGUCGACACGAAAACCUCAUCAACAUGUUGGAGGUGUUCAGAUACAAGAAGCGCAUGUAUGUUGUCUUCGAAUUCAUCGACCAAAAUAUUUUAGAGGACCUGGAACGACAUCCUUCCGGUUUGGAGAGUAGACGUCUCAGGAAGUACAUCUUCCAGAUACUUCGAGCAGUUGAUUACCUGCACAGCAGUAAUAUUAUUCACAGAGACAUAAAGCCAGAGAACGUGCUGGUCUCCUCCUGUGGCAUAGUGAAGCUCUGUGACUUUGGCUUUGCCCGGACACUGGCCCCUGCCAAUGUUCCCCUCACCGAUUAUGUGGCUACCAGGUGGUACCGGGCACCAGAGCUGCUGGUCAGGGACAAAAACUACAACAAGCCUGUGGAUGUCUGGGCUGUGGGCUGUCUGAUCAUUGAGAUGGCCACCGGACACGCUUUUCUGACAGGGUCAUCAGAUCUGGAUCAGGUUCACAAGAUUGUAUGCAAAGUGGGUCCUCUAACCUGCCAACAACAGGACCUUUAUUUCAAGAACCCCAUGUUUGCGGUGGCCAGGCUUCCAGAGACUCAGCUGCCCAAAGACCACAGAAAGAAGUACCAUCAACUCCCAACUUUUUUGGCUGAUGUUGUUGAUGCAUGUUUACAGAUCGACCCAGCAGAGAGAGCCACUUGCUCCAAACUGCUUAACUGUCGAUACUUCACCAAGGACCAGUUCAAUGAAAGGUUUGUUCCAGAGAUACAAGCAUUAGUUAUGAGGUAUGCCAAAUACUACAACACCCAGUGGAGUCAGUGUGGUGCUAUGGAGACGGCAGAGGAACCGUCUGUGUGCUCAUCGUCCAAUGCCAAGAGACGUCCAAUGCCCAGAGAGGCCGCUGAGAAGGAGCGGCGUGGGAAAGAGGAGGUGACUGAGCCGAGGCACUCCAGGGCCAGCCGCAGCAGGCACGGGAGGAUGAUGGUGGACAGCCCGGUCAUGCACACCAGUGCCUCCACACCAGACAUGCUGCACGACAAAAGCAUCCUCAACGUCGCCUUCACAAUGCCACGGAUCAGCCACUGCAUGAACUACGGUGGGGCCGCGCCAAACCACGGAGAGGCCAACAAAUCCCGGGCAAAUGUAGUAAAAAGGAGACCAAGUCCUGCAGACAUGGCCUUGAUCAGUGGCCAACAGGCUGAGGGGAAAACGCAGCUCCAAAGCGACGGCCUUGUGGUUGAGAUGGCGAGUAUGACCAAGAAAAAGGUGCGGACUGUUGGUGAUGUUCGCUUCCCUGACCUGCCUGUAUUUGGCCACCAGAUGGAGAUCAAGAACACGGAUGUGAAACCAGCAAAGCACUCAAGAAGAGAGCAGAGGAGAUCUGAUGACUCCAGGAUACCAACACUAGUCCAAUAUGACACUGACCCAGGAAAUGUUAAAUAGGUGAUCCACUUGAUGACUGGAGUGACCAGACAAACAUUAGAGAAAAUGGGAACGACAUUUAAACAGAGGAUGAAUUAAAUGAUGAACCAAUAUGAUAAUAAACAGCCUUUAUGAUAUGA